AUGUUACCCUACAUCAACGCCCCGUUUGUCUACGUGGCUGGCAAACUGGGCGCAGCACCCGAUGAGUGUGCAUAUGCAAUUGCGGCAUACGUACAGGGACCUUAUAUGCCAUGGGUUGGUUUCGUGUUCCUCAUGGGACACAUGUCUGUCAAUCACAUCUAUCGCCAGAUCGUCAAUGACCCUAGUACCAUCGACAUUACUGGUGCCCAGAUGGUCCUGGUUAUGAAAUUGACUGCCUUCUGCUGGAAUGUCUAUGACGGUACUCUGCCUGAAGCCACCCUGACCGAUCAUCAAAAGGAACGCGCUUUAAGAAAGCUGCCUAGUCUGCUUGAUUAUGCUGGUUUCGUGUUCUUCUUUCCCUCGCUGUUUGCAGGCCCUGCCUUCGACUAUGUGGAUUACAGAAGAUGGAUCGAGACUACCAUGUUUGAGCUGCCUCCAGGUGUAGACCCCUCGAAGGCUCCACCGACUCGCAAGCAACGCAAGAUUCCUCGCAGCGGUACACCUGCAGCAUGGAAGGCCGCAUUUGGUCUUCUUUGGAUCUUUGCCUUCUUGCAGUUCUCCGGCUACUACUACACCGACUUCUUGCUUUCUGACGGCUACAAACAAUACGGUCUUCUUCGCCGCAUCUGGGUCUUGCACAUGCUUGGUGUCACCACUCGCAUGAAGUAUUAUGGUGUCUGGUCUCUCACCGAAGGCGCUUGCAUUCUCUCUGGCAUUGGCUUCAAGGGCAUCGACCCCAAGACUGGAAAGGUCGAUUGGAACAGACUGCAGAACGUGAAGCCUCUUGCUAUCGAAUUGGCUCAGAACAGCCAUGCCUACUUGGGCAAUUGGAACAUCAACACCAACAUGUGGUUGAGAAACUAUGUGUAUCUUCGUGUCACGCCCAAGGGCAAGAAACCUGGUUUCAGAGCUAAUUCACGCCGCUUGAUCCGUCCCUUCUUUAUGAGCGCCGACGGCACAAAAGCCCUACCUUCGAAGCGUUACUACGACAUCUUCACCUGGCUGUGUACUCAACUCGCCUUCUCCUUCACCGUCGCUCCAUUCAUCUUCCUCGGCUUCGGCUCCUCCCUCUUAGUUUGGCAGCGCGUCUACUUCUACACCAUCAUUGGAGUAACCGCAAGUUCUCUAUUCCUUCUCUCUCCCGGAAAGAAAUUCCUGCAACAAAAGGUCAAGCAACACUCCAAGCCUAGCGAGGAGCAGACCAGAAACCCGACUUUGGGCUUGCCUGAUGAUCCUGGUCGUGCUUGGGAUGAAAUGGUCGAGGAAAUUACUGCCGAGAUUCAGGAGAGAAAGAGGAAGGGGUUGCCUAUCCCUCCAAAGCUGAGACAAGAGGCUGAGGCGGUUGGAAAGAAGGUCACCUAG